GGGGGGGGAGGAAGGCGGCGGGCCGGGCCGGGCCGGGUCGCCCUCAGGGGAUCCCGGCGGACGGCGGGGACGUAGAGACAAGGAGACAGGGAGAGAGAGAGACACCGGGGGCGUCGUCGUCCGCCGCCAUCGUCAUCCUGAGGGGCCGCCGGCCUCCCUCCCCGCCCCCAGCAGAACCGUUUGGGGCGGAAGCUUGAAGUGGGAUGGCCGGCCGGCCCCAUCCUUAUGACAGUAACUCCAGUGAUCCAGAGAAUUGGGAUCGGAAAUUGCACAAUAGACCUCGUAAGCUUUAUAAACACUCAAGCACGCCAUCCCGCGUGGCCAAGGGAGGAACGGAGCACAUCAAAAUGAGCCUCCCCGGGGCCAGCGGUGGGCCGGAGAGAUCCCGGGACAGGCGGAGGUCAAGCGACCGGUCCCGGGACUCGUCCCACGAAAGAGCCGAGUCUCAGCUAACGCCCUGCAUCAGGAACGUGACCUCGCCCACCAGGCAGCACCACCACCACCACCACCACCACGUCGCAGAGCGAGAGAAGGAUCACAGCUCGUCCCGCCCCAGCAGCCCUCGGCCCCAAAAGGCGUCCCCGAGCGGUUCCAGUAGCAGCGUGGGGCUCAGCAGCCGCAACAGCAGCCAGUCGAGUUCGGACGGGGGCUGCAAGACGGCCGGGGAGCUGGUGUUCGUCUACGAGAACGCCAAGGAGGGGCCGCGGAGCGUCCGGACGUCCGAGCGCGUGACGCUCAUCGUGGACAACACCAGAUUCGUCGUCGACCCGUCCAUCUUCACCGCACAGCCGAACACCAUGUUGGGCAGGAUGUUUGGAUCAGGCCGAGAACACAACUUCACGCGUCCCAACGAGAAGGGGGAGUUUGAGGUGGCCGAGGGGAUCAGCUCCACGGUUUUUCGGGCCAUUCUGGACUACUACAAAUCUGGAAUAAUCCGCUGCCCCGAUGGGAUAUCUAUUCCAGAGCUGAGAGAAGCGUGCGACUACCUCUGUAUCUCCUUCGAAUAUAGUACCAUUAAAUGCAGAGAUCUCAGCGCCCUGAUGCACGAGCUGUCCAACGACGGGGCUCGCCGGCAGUUCGAGUUCUACCUGGAGGAGAUGAUUCUCCCCCUGAUGGUGGCCAGCGCCCAGAGCGGCGAGAGGGAGUGCCACAUCGUGGUGCUGACCGACGACGACGUGGUCGACUGGGACGAGGAAUACCCCCCGCAGAUGGGCGAGGAGUACUCACAGAUUAUCUACAGCACCAAGCUGUACAGGUUCUUCAAGUACAUCGAAAAUCGGGAUGUGGCCAAGUCUGUCCUGAAGGAGCGUGGCCUGAAGAAGAUCCGGCUGGGGAUAGAAGGCUACCCGACCUACAAAGAGAAGGUGAAGAAGCGACCGGGGGGCCGCCCGGAGGUGAUCUACAACUACGUGCAGCGCCCCUUCAUCCGCAUGUCCUGGGAGAAGGAGGAGGGCAAGAGCCGCCACGUGGACUUCCAGUGCGUCAAGAGCAAGUCCAUCACCAACCUGGCGGCCGCCGCCGCCGACAUUCCCCAGGACCAGCUGGUGGUCCUGCACCCCGCGCCCCAGGUGGACGAGCUGGACAGCCUCCCCCCGCACCCCCCCGGCGGCCACGACGGCGAGCCCGACGGCCCGGGGCCCGCGCUCUGACCGGCCGGCCCGCCCGGCGGAGACCCCGUCUGCCCCCGGGGGGGCCGGCACCGCCCGGCGGGGAGGGGGCCGCGGCCGGGGAGAGCGCGGCCGGGUGGCCGGGGGCGUGGCGCCGGCCCCCCCGGGGGGGUCCCAGCUCCGUAAACGUGUCUGUCUACCGUAGGUUCGUGAAACCAGUCCUUCGUUUGCCCGGCUGUCCUCUUUCUCACACAGCCGGGUCCUUCCAGACACGGGGGUGCCCGGCGGCCGGCCGGCCUCCCUGCCCCUCCCCCCCCGGCCCCGGGGGGGGCCUCCCUCUCGUAGAAAACGCCGUCACCGAGCGGAUCGGACGCGGGCCGGCCCCGAGCGUGGCGCUUUACCCGCGGUGGCGCGGCCGGUUCGGGAGAGGGCCGAAGCCGUCUCUCGGAGUCGCCGGGUCCGAGACGACGUGGGCGUCUGCGAGAGCCUCCCUCCCGCUCACACGUGCAAAACCGGGUUGGUGCCGGUCUGAUCGGCUCCGGGCCCUUUAAGGAUUUCUCACCCCCUCCCUCCCCCGCCACAACCACCUCCCCACCCCCUUCCCCACCCCUCGCCGAUGAGCACAAAAUGAGCAUUUCCCCGUGGGCUCGCUGAACGAAUAGGGUGGGAUUCGGCCUCCUCCCGCCACCCGGGGGUCCGGGACGAGAGCGGUGUUUCACUCGGUCCCGGGACACGCGGAACGGGCCGGGGGCCCGACCCGAGAUUUGAGGGGUGGGAGUAAUGGGGAGGGUCAGACCCCACCCUUACCCUUGGGUCUGUUCAGUUAUUUAUUGACUCAUUUUUCAUAAGUGUCACGGGCUAGGAAAAUGAAGUGUUUGCUCUCGUUUACUAAAUGAAUGUCAACUCGAGUUUUUCAUUGAAAUAAAAAUUCCAUUAUUUUAA